GUCUGUCAUUUUUGGCUCGAAAAAAGUGUUCGGAGUAAGGUUGGAAUUACUCGUUGAAACUCACUCUCCAAUUCAAAGUACUGUAACUGGUUUCGUAAAAAAAAAAAAAAAUCCUAGUAAUCGGUCCCCACUAAGAAACAUAGGAAGGGGGCGCGACGAAGACAGAAUCUGAUUGAUGCGCGACAAAACGAGAAUAAAUGAGUUUGAACUUUGAAUUUGUCUCUUGUUCAUUCAUCGACGAUCUUCUAAAUCAAAAUUCUAAUCCAUCUAGGGUUCCAAAUUCCAAAUCAAAUUCCAAAUCACACAAUUCAGUGAAUGCAAAACAUCAAUACAUACAUAAAUAGAUGUACUCCAGUAAUUUGACUGGUUUCAUAUUAGCCGUUGUCUCCGGCGCUUUUAUAGGCUCCAGCUUCAUCAUCAAGAAAAAGGGUCUCCAACGUGCCAGUCUUAACGGCACUCCUGCAAGUGUCGGAGGCUAUGGUUAUCUUCUACAGCCUCUUUGGUGGAUCGGAAUGUUUACCAUGAUUGUUGGAGAGAUAGCGAAUUUUGUAGCAUACAUUUAUGCACCUGCGGUGCUUGUCACGCCACUUGGUGCUUUGAGUAUUAUUGUUAGUGCUGUCUUGGCUCAUUUCAUGUUGGGUGAGAAGUUACAGAAAAUGGGCAUGCUUGGGUGUCUUUUAUGCAUAGUAGGAUCCACUGUUAUUGUGCUCCAUGCACCUCAAGAAAAGUCUCUUAGUUCUGUGCUAGAAAUAUGGCUUUUGGCUGUUCAACCAGCAUUUCUCUUGUACACAGCCUCGGCAAUGGCUGUGGCAUUCUUUUUGAUUUUGUAUUGCGCACCUCGCUAUGGCCAAACUAAUAUCUUCAUUUAUGUUGGAAUAUGCUCCAUAAUUGGAUCCUUGACUGUCAUGAGUGUAAAAGCGAUUGGCAUUGCUAUAAAACUUACAUUGGAGGGUGCAGAUCAGUUUGUCUACUUUCAGACAUGGAUUUUUACAAUGGUCGCCGUUUCUUGCAUCAUUACUCAAUUAAAUUACCUUAAUAUGGCAUUGGAUACUUUCAACACAGUAGUUGUUUCUCCUAUCUAUUAUGCGUUGUUCACAUCUUUUACAAUAUUAGCCAGCGCAAUCAUGUUUAAGGACUAUUCUGGUCAAAGUAUAAGCAGUAUUGCAUCGGAGCUAUGUGGUUUCAUCACUGUUUUAUCUGGAACAACCGUAUUGCACAGUACCAGAGAGCCAGAUCCUCCAGCUGGUACAGAUGUAUACAGUCCCUUGUCUCCAAAAGUAUCAUGGUAUAUCCAAGGCAAUGGUGAACCUUGGAAACAAAAGGAAGAAGAUGGACCACCCCUUAAUUUAAUUACAGUUAUCCGGCAAGACCAUUUCAAGUGACGCUGAAGUCUUAAACUGGUAGAACAAGAAAUUAAAUCCAUUAUUGCUAUCCUGCCAUUGAGUUAUAUACAUGACCGUAUUUUCUAACUUCUCAUUGUCUGAGCUUUUCGGCUUAGUUACACUAUGAAAAAGAAAUGUUGCUGGCUUAUUAUGUACAUUAUUAAGCAAAAGAAAUGUAGCUGGUUAUAGGGUUUGGCUCAGUGACCCCAUCCAUUUGGUUUAGCAACACAAUGUACAGCAAGGCAGAGAAGAGACUGCUUUUUUCGUGUGGUUUUAAUCAUUGGUAGCAUAUUCAAUGAAAGCUUGGGUUCAAUCAUCUGAAACUGAGGAGGUGAUGUUUCUUCCAGUUUGUAUUAGAAUAGUAGUAGUAGUUGUUGUACUACUUGUUAUUAGUUAUGUACUUAUGUAGUUGUACAUUGUUUUUAUGUUUUAGCCUCUUCCUUUUCCCAAAUAUAUUUUUCUUUUUACCUUCACCCUUUUCUUUUUAUCUUGUUAAGUUGACCAAUUUAUGUAAAAAUCAAAGUUAGCUAUUCUGUAUACGCUAGUCAAUGUAAUUUAAAUAUUUUAGUGGUCGAACCUUAUCGGUAGAAUAAGGUUGCAAGGAUAUCUAUAAUAUUUAAGUUGUUAUACAACUAUUGACCCCUCCAAAAAAGCUGUUAUACAACUCUGCUUGGAAACAGUUAAACUUCUGAAACAA